CAGAGAGCGGUCGUGAGUAAGGACGCAGACAGCUCUAUGGACUUCCCAUUCAUUGCCCGUAAGACAAAUCUCCUCGGACUUAAAAAUAAGAGAGAGGGCGGGGGGGUGAGAAUUGAUGGUGAAAAAAGCAGGCGCAUGCGCUCGCCGGAAAGGCACAAGCGUCAGAGACGGACCGCAGCAGCGCUUGCAGAUCUUGCAUGUCAGACCGGAGCGGAGAGGGGUGGACGGCUGAGGAAACUGUCCGAGGGGUGGGGGGGACGAGGUAACAGAAUGGGGGUUCGGGGGGAUCGCUGUCUUGCAUCACGGCUGCACAUGAAUUAAACCCGGACAGAAGACAAACCCGUGGCCCGGCAGGUGGGGGUGACUCGCGUCAUUUCGAUUGGAAAUUCAGGGUUGUUUUUUUUUUUUUAUCCUUGCUGCAUUUUCUUUAAACUGGUUCAAGGAGAGUAAAGGGAGGAUGAAGAAAGGGGGUGCUUGUACUCGACAGAGGUAAUCCAUCGCGGGGAUGUGAACGCCUGACAAGGUGCGCACCAAUCCGAAGUGAUGAAAUCGGAAAAACAGGACGGUAUUGCCGAAGUGAUCUGCAAGGGUUAUUUGUGUGGGCAGAGGACGGGUCGUUUCUUUCAUCACCAUUCCUUACACGCGUCUGCGGAUGAUGGAGAGUUUAAAUGGCACCAAUAACGAGAGCAAGCCGCAAAACCACCAGUUAGUGGAGAAGAAAAGACUGAACAGAGCGCCUUCCCCUGCGAGACCAUUCCUGAAGGAUAUACACUCCCGGUCGUCUGCCAAACCCCCGGCCAUCCCUCCCAAAUCUCCCAACCUCUCGAGCAAGCAGCAGCAGCAGCAGCAGCAAUCAACAGGGCUCCUGGCAUCUCAAAACCGCCUGUCCAGGCGCAGCAUCUCCGGCGCCAAAGACAAAUCGGCUCCGGCAAAGAGUGCCGCCAAGACCGCGGUACCCAAAAAGGCAGCUAAGACCAUCCAACACGGGACGACAGAGCCGAAACUCGCCGGCCACAGCUCCGGUAAAGGGAAAAAAGAGAAAAGAUGCGCCGUGGCGGAGGCUCCCCGGGGUUCACCUGGCCAGAGCUCUUCGGUCGGCGCCCCAGGAGGAGCCGGGCUGGGGAGGAGCAGCCAUACGGACAGCAGCUCGGACCUGUCCGACUGCCCCUCGGAGCCCCUGUCGGAUGAGCAGAGGCUCACCCAGGCGGGCAGCAGCGAUGCGGAGUCCGGCUCCGGCUCCGGCUCCGGGUCCAGCGACCGCGACCCAGGGUCUGGCGAUCACCAGCCUGUCGGGGCGGCCGCCGCCGCGACCUACGGGAGGGCUCACAGCCUCCCCCAGCUCGGGGAGCCCCCGGCCUCGGUGUCCCAGAUACCCGCUAAAGAGAGGGUGUCCUACCCGCUACCUGCUCCAGGACAGUGCGGCGACACGGAACCGCCGGGAAGGAGCCCCGGCAAACUGGACUUUAGACCGGGCCACCCGAACACCCCCACAGAAUUCAUGCUGCGGGGCAGCAAGGGGUUGAUAGAAGAGGACCUGCUGAGGGAGGUCGAGGACCUGCGUUCCGAAAAUGACUAUCUCAAGGACGAAGUGGACGAGCUGCGGGCGGAGAUGGAGGAGAUGAGGGACAGCUACCUGGAGGAGGACGUGUACCAGCUCCAGGAGCUGAGGCGGGAGCUGGACCGAGCCAAUAAGAACUGCCGCAUCCUGCAGUACCGGCUGCGCAAGGCGGAGCAGAGGAGUCUGAAGGUGGCCCAGACCGGCCAGGUGGACGGGGAGCUGGUCAGAAGCCUGGAGCAGGACCUGAAGGUUGCCAAAGACGUCUCGGUUCGGCUUCACCACGAGCUGGAGAGUGUGGAAGACAAGAGGGCGAAGGCAGAGGAUGAAAAUGAGCUCCUUCGCCAGAAGAUCAUCGAGGUGGAGAUUUCCAAGCAGGCGCUACAGAACGAGCUUGAGCGGGUGAAGGAGAGCUCCUUGAAGAGACGAGGGAGUCGGGAAAUGCACAAGGAGAAGAAGUCAUUAGCUCAGGAGGACAGCGCGGACCUCAAGUGCCAACUCCAGUUUUCCAAGGAGGAGUCAGCUCUGAUGCGCAAGAAAAUGGCGAAACUGGGCCGGGAGAAGGACGAGCUGGAGCAGGAGCUGCAGAAGUACAAGUCGGUUUACGGGGAUGUCGACAGCCCUCUGCCCACAGGGGAGUGCGGAGGCCCGCCCAGCACCCGGGAGGCCGAGCUGAAGCUGCGCCUCAAGCUGGUGGAAGAGGAAGCGAACAUCCUAGGGAGGAAGAUCGUGGAGCUGGAAGUGGAGAACCGGGGGCUGAGGGCUGAGAACGAGGACCUUCGCUGUCAGUACGAAAAGGAUUGCCUCGGGAGGGAGCACAUCUCCAGCGUGCCCACGUCCCCCUACGGGGACUCCCUGGAGUCCGCUGCAGAGCUCCGGCGCCACCUGCAGUUCGUGGAGGAAGAGGCCGAGUUGCUCCGGCGAUCCAUCUCCGAGAUAGAGGACCACAACAGACAGCUGACCACCGAGCUGAACCGCUUCAAGUUCGGACCGAGCCAGGAGGCCAGGUGGGCGGAGGAAGAUGGGGUCCCCAGAUCGCCGAACGGAGGCAGCGCCGGCGGGGCUAGUGGGGGGGGGUUGCUGCAGGAGGAACUGAAAGCAGCCCGCUUGCAGAUCAACGAGCUGAGCGGGAAGGUGAUGAAGCUGCAGUACGAAAACCGUGUCCUGAUCUCUAACGCGCAGCGGUACGACUUGGUCUCCCAUCUCGGCCUGCGCACGGCCAGCCCGCGAGACAGCGACGCGGAGAGCGACGCGGGCAAGAAGGACGGCGAGGAAGAGGAAACGAUGGGGCGGUCGCUCUUUCUGCACCCUAAGAGGGAAGGGCCGGUGGGUGGGGAGAGUGACUCCGAGGACCUGUUCGAGAAGACCUCGGGGUUUGGGAGUGGCAAGCCCUCGGAGAUGAGUGACUUGAGCGCGGUGGAGCUCGUCCAGCAGAAGAAGGAAGACACGGAGACUUUAGCCAACGUGAAACGUGAAGCAGAGCGGCUUGGGAAAACCGUAGAUCGCCUUAUCGUAGACACCGACAGCCUAAUUUAUGAUGCGAAGGUGCUGGUGAUGACUGGGACUGCCCUUGAGGAGGAGUUCAGAGGGGAUGGGAAUUCAGCAGAGGGCAAGACAGAGCCUCAGCUACUGGAUGCCAUCAAUGCCCGCAUGAAAGCCUUCAGGACAGAGCUGCAUACCUUCAUGGAGAAAGUGGACCACAUCGGCGAAGGCCUCAGGGAACAGGUGGAUGACCUCUCCCCCAUGCCAAACCUCACGGAGUCAGCCAGCUUCCUGUCUGGGGUCACCUCAAUGUCACGAGACUCGCCUAUUGGCACCUUAGGGAAGGACCUCAUCGCUGACUUCCAGUCCACACUGAGGGAUCAGACGGAGGGGCGUCUAACACAGGAGUGUGACGUGGAGCCAGAGACCCAGAGCGGUCCUCUGGGUGCUGACCAAAGCAGGCGAACCGAAGGAGACAAUAAGUACCACAGGCCAGAGUGUUUAAGUAUAGAGCUCAGGGACGCCCCUGUUGUAUCGGAGGCGGGUAGUCCAGUGAGGGAGAUCCAGGCCCGACUGGAGCAGGAGAGGAGACUGCGGCAGGAGGAGCAGGACCUCAACGCCAGCCGCAUCCUGCAGCUGGAAGAGGAGCACCGGAAGGCCGUGCUGCGGAAGGAGAGCGAGCUCCAGGGCCUGCGCCUCCAGGGCAAGCUGCAGGAGAGGGCCUGGGCCCAGGAGAAGGGCCUGCUGCGGGAGGAGGUCCGGCUCUUCCGCCACCACACCUUCGUCUCCUACGUCAAGCUGCAGUGGUUGCUCAAGCACUGGAGACAGGGCAAGCCGCUCGACGAGGACGAGGAGGACGACCUCAUGGAGUAUGAGAAGUUCGACAGUAUGCCCGAACUGAACCUGCUCUUGGAACAGAAGGAUUGCGAGGAAAGCGAAUAUUUUCUCUCAGGGGAGAGCAGUGACCAGGGACCACCUCUGCAGACCCCAGAGCUCAUCCAGCAGCAAAAGCAGGUGGGUGAGAACAGGAAGGUGCUGCAGGCUCUGAAGGCCCUGCUGGAGGAGCUCCGCUCGGAGCUGCAGGACGAGCAGCAGCGGCGCCACGAGCUGCAGCAAGCCUACGCCAACGAGAAGGCCGCCUGGGAGGUGGAGUGGGCCGAGAUGAGGUGCCACGUGGAGCAGCUGGAGGGCAAGAGGACCCGCCCCCCCGGGGACGCGGAGCCGGCUGACCUGCAGGGGGCGCUCCAGAGGGAGCGGGAGGAGCACCGCCGGCUGCUGGCCGACAGCCAUGGCGCCCUGGCGGACCUGCGCCGGGAGCUGCAGCUCGGCGAGCGGCGCUGGAGCCGGGAGAGGGCGGAGCUGCUGGACGGGUUCGACCGCGAGAGGCAGGAGUGGGAGCUGCGGCAGGCGGCGGAGAAGGCGCUGAAUGAAAUUCCUGACAAAAAGGGUCUGUCUGCGUAUCAUGAAGAAGAAAUGCGAACCGGAAAUCUCCUGAGGGCUAAGUCAGUUUGCUCUAUGUCUGAGUUCCAGCGCUUGAUGGACAGUUCUCCAUUCCUUCCUGAGAAGAGCACACUGGGGGACGGCGGCAAAGACGAGGUCACCCCACCCUUGUCGCCAGACGACCUCAAGUACAUCGAGGAGUUCAAUAACAAGAGCUGGGACUUUCCCAGCCCCGGGGUCUGUGGACCCGCGGAGAAUCCAGCGCAGGCCUGGGUGGAAAGGACGGAGAGCAGGAGGGCAGAGCAGACUUCCAAUCCAUUCCAGGCGCCCUCGUGGUACCUGACCACCAGCGUGACCAUGACGACGAACACCGUGACCAGCCCGGAGCACUGCCAGAAACCACCCGUGAUCGGCGCCGCGGCAGCCGACAAGUUCGGGGUGCGGGUCUUCCACAGCCCCCCCGGGAGCCGGAAGCUCGACAGCACAAUCCUUCCCAACAGCGACGAGAGGCCAGUGGUCGACCCGGACUUCGUGUUCUCGGUGGCCAAGGCAAAGGCAAGAGACCCCUUGGGAGGGUCGGAUGAAGUCUUUGGCAGGUGGCCUUGUGAACUGCCGAAGCACCACCAGGAACUGCUAGAUGGGGGGCUGCACCCCAUGGAGCGCCCUAUUUGCUCCACCGUGGGCUUCACCUCUUCCUUGCAUGACCUGGAGCUGUCGAGGAACAUGAGCGACGACAUGAAAGAGGUCGCUUUCUCCGUGAGAAACGCCAUCCGGCCGAACUCCGUGGAGCGCCAGUUCAAGGACACUGCCUGCCAGACCAAUGGCUUCACCACGCGGGGGACACAGACCACUCAGACGAUCAGCGUGGGCCUCCAGACAGAGGCCCUGAGAAACGUCACCAGCAGUCCCCACAAAUGCUUAACGCCAAAGGGGGGGUCGACCCCUGUUUCGUCCCCGUCUCGGAGCUUGAGGAGAAUGCAGUUCUCCCCCGUCAUCCAGAACAAAUUUGAGCGCCCCUGCUGCUCUCCUAAAUAUGGCUCCCCGAAGCUCCAGCGCAAAUUGCCGGCCAAGUCGGAACAGUCCAACAACCGAGCGCCCGCUCCGACCACACCCCAGAAGGGCUUCAGCGAGUCAGCCUGGGCUCGGUCUACCACCACCAGGGACAGCCCCGUCCACACCACCAUCAACGAUGGGCUCUCCAGCCUCUUCAACAUCAUCGAUCACACGCCAGUGGUCUACGACACCCUGCAGAAGUUCACCAGAUCGCCCAGCCGCUCCAGGUCCGCAGAGCCGAGGCCUGCCGAACCCAAGUCCCCCGGCUAUGGAACGGUGCAGGAGUUCCUCAAGAAUGUGCGAGGCCGGUCACCCAGCCCGGUCCGACUGAUUGUAGAGACUCAGGGAGAAAAGACCCCUGAAGUCAUAAGCAUUAGGCAGGACUUGUCUGCCCCUCCAGGUUACACACUUGCCGAGAAUGCCGCCAGGAUCUUAAAUAAAAGACUGCUUGAACAGGCCUUCAAGGAUGAGAAAAAGCUGGCCUCCAGUGGUCAAGUCAGCCUCGGCAAGGAUGGAAGAGCUCUCGACGGGGAAAAAGCUCAACAAGGGUCCAUUGAGGAACUGCCCAGCUCUUCGGUAGCGCCCCCUCUGGAGUCCUGCUUCCUGAGGCCUGCUAGGCCGGCCAACCGGCGGCCACCUUCCCGCUGGGCUUCUCAUUCCCCAGUUGCCUCUCCUAGAUGGUCCCAGACUCCGGCAGAGUUCUCCUUUCCUCUGGCAGAGCCACAGCCGCAGCAGCAGCAGCUCCCAGAAGCUGGGAAUUCCAGGCAGGAUCCCAGUCCGGCUUGAAGCCUCGUCGUCUCGGUCCGCUCCGAGUCUCUGCCUUGGCCUCCGUCGCUGGCCACAGCUGCCCAGCGCCGGCGCCGCCGACUCCCUCCUGUCGGCUACAAGCCCGGCGAAGGAGCCGGGAGGACACCGUGGGAGGGACACGUGGACAGUCACAGCCGUGGGGUGAAGUACAGGAAGAUCAAUAACAGCGACAAUAAAAUGUGCCUGUGAAAACCUAGGUUCUUGAUUGUAAAAAAUGAUAUACAGUAUAAAUACAGUACAUAUAUAUAUUUUAGUCACCAUCAUAUUUUUUUAUGGGUUUAUCAGAGGUCUGUUUUUCAAAUGUCUAAGGAAACUAGAGCAACACUAAUAAGUGAAAUGUCUUUCAGUAUCUGGACUGCCUUUUUUGCUUUAUUGUUUUUCUCUUUUUGUUUUCUUGUGGGGGAACUUUACAUUUGCACUCUUACACUUUUCCAUGUAAAUAUAUAUUUUUAUGAGUCUCACUCCAUUUUUUUUCCCCAUUCACUUUUGUUCCUCUCUUAAGAAACUCCACCGAAAAAAAAAAAACAGGUAAUGAAAAUGAAAUGUUAAAAAAAAAAUGUAAUAAAAGACAAACAAUGAAAUUGAAAAACUGCUUCGCUUUGAAGCAAAGGAACGUGAUGUCAAAAGAGGUUCUAUAUUUACUUUUGUGGUGUGAUCUGUUCUUAAAAGGGAUGCAUUGGCAUAAUUUUAAAAAAAGAAAAUUGAAAACUGGCAGGAGUGAUGAAUCUGAUAAGUACUGGCGGACAACUGUACACGAUGGUGUUAUACUUGACUUGCAUGCCUGUUGAUCCUAGCACUUUAGUGCAUGUAUAUAAGGGUACUGUACUACACUGUCACCCGUAAUGUGAGUCACUGAAUACCACUGUAAAAAUGUUGUGAGGUUCAUUCUGUACUGUAAUUUUAUUGUUACUAAAUUAGCAUCAGCUAAAGAAAAAAAG